AUGAUAACCCACCAGCUUCUCGUCAUCCUUCUUGCCACGAACUUGUCACUGGCAUCGCGUACCCUCGUCCCGGGGGCCAUCCACAGUCUUCACCAGAGAGCUGUCCGAAGCACCCACAGUCUUGCAAGAGAUCUCCGCGUCGCCUUCGGAGGCAUCCUCCUCCCUCGGGCCGAGGAGAGCGAACAGAAACGUGUCGUUUAUUGCAAGCCGACCAAGCAGACUACCUUCGGGACACCAGACACCGGAAGCAGCGACGGAAACGAUACUGCAAUCAUCGCUGGCAGCAGCACCUCUCGCGGAAGGCCUUCAUCGACAAGGAGCAGUGCCGUCCCCACUGGUACAACUACCGUCCCCGCUACCUCGCCAUGGAAAUUGCUUGACUCCCAUGAAGGAGACAAUUUCUUUGAUGGCUGGGAUUUCUUCACUGCCCCUGAUCCUACUCAUGGAAUCGUGGAUUAUAUUGCUGAGAACGCCGCACGAUCAAAUGGGCUACUGGAGGUGAACUCGGCGGGGAAUGCCAUCAUGCGAGUUGAGACGACUCCCAACGUUGCUGCCAACCGCAAGAGCAUACGAAUCACCACGCAGAGGCUGUUCAAUGGAGGACUGGUUAUCAUGGAUUCUAUCCACAUGCCUACAGGAUGCGGAACUUGGCCCGCGUUCUGGACAAACGGACCGAACUGGCCGGUUGGCGGUGAAAUAGAUAUUGUCGAAGGAGUACACGACUACACAAAUAACCAAGCGACUAUCCACACCGAUAUCGGCUGCACGUUGGCGAGUACGAGCGCCAACACGCUGGCAAUUUCAGGCAGGGUCAUCGAUGGAACAAACUGCGCUGCCUUAACCACCGGCAACCAAGGUUGCGGUAUUCGCGCGUCGACGAGCAAUUCCUUCGGUGCUGGAUUUAACGCAAAUGGUGGUGGUGUGUACGCAAUGAAAUGGGACUCGACAGGCAUCGCAGUCUACUUCUUCCCACGCGGCUCCGUACCCGCCGAUAUCACUGCAGGAGUUCCUCAGCCGGACACUUGGGGUGCUGCACAAGCACGCUGGCCUGCGGCAUCGUGUGAUCCAUUCAAGUACUUCAACAACCACCAUGCUAUCUUCGACACGACGUUGUGUGGCGAUUGGGCAGGUGGUGUUUGGAACUCGGCUGGCAUCCCUGGCCAAGAACAGAGCUGCGCCCAGAGGACAGGUUUCUCGACGUGCGAGGCUUACGUGCGGGCAAAUGGGGCCGCAAUGAAUGAAGCCUAUUGGGAGGUCAAGAGCGUCAAGAUCUAUCAGAAGCAGAACUAA